ACAUUUAGUUUUAAUUAACACUCAUACGUGAAAGGUGGUCUAAAAUGUUUAAGCUAGGUUUCAUAGGGAUCGUUUGCCUUUCAGGAAUUGCAUUGGCAUUACCCUCAAAGCCAAUAUUGAGGAAACUGGACCCUCUUCGCUUCCAACAUGCUCGCGAUGAUUCCACUGGACAGUAUCACUUGAUUGACAUGUGGAUGACUGCAGACCACAUCGCGGAAGCGGCUCGGUAUAACCCUGAGGAAUCGAAUGUCUACCACCUUUUCACUAGGCUUAAUCCAACAGUGAGCCAGCCUUUAGUGAUAGGCAAUUUAAAUUGGUUGGCAUCAUCUAAUAUCUCUGGUGCGAGAAGAACCAUCGUCCUUAUCCACGGCUGGAGGGACUCUGCUACCUCCGAACUUAAUACUGUUCUUGUACCAGCACUUCUCGCCGCGGAAGACUUGAACGUGGUGGUCGUGGACUGGAGCGUUGGAGCCAGUACUAUCAACUACCCAGUGGCUUUGGACAAUGCCAUCGCUUCUGGUGUCGCUGUAGAGCAGUUCUUCGAUUGGGUCAACUUCUAUUUACGAGGUUCCCCUGUUCAGUACCACAUUAUUGGCCACGGUCUUGGUGGUCACCAGGCAGGAGUUGUCGCAAGACGCAUGCCUAGACUAGGAGAAUCCGUUCCAUACGUAACUGGUCUUGACCCGUCUUUAGUUGGCUGGAUCAACCACCCCGACCGCUUCAACCCUGACGACGGAGUUUACACUGAAGUGAUCCACACUAAUGCUGGUAUCAACGGGUAUCUAGCUGAUCUGGCAAAAGUGGACUUCUACCCCAACGGUGGGGAAUCCAUGCCGGGUUGUGAUUCCCACUCCUGUGACCAUCUUAGAAGCAUCUUCUAUUUUGCCGAGUCUAUUACUUCAGGAGGGUUCACCGGUAGAAGGUGUGCCAAUUACUUGACUGCCGUCUUGCAAGUCUGUACUCUGCCCGGGACUCUUCAAAUGGGAGGACUGAGGCCCAAAUUCGGAUCUGAGGGCGUAUACUUUUUACGGACCAAUGCUGCUCCUCCUUUCUCUCAGGGAUAAAACAAAUAUCUAAAAAUGUAUGUUACCUAAAUUGCACAUAAAAAGAAUGACAAAAAAUAUUCAAUAUUUUC